UCAUCUCCACUUCCCAUCACCACAAAGUUGAAACAAAAAAACCAAGAAUGGCUUCUUACUGUUCACUACUCAGCCUUUGCUUCUUAAUUCUCUCCCACUGUUGUUUUGCUCAACUCUCAGAGCAACAGAAUGUGUGGCAGAGGCUUCAACAACAGCAACAACACCGUGCUUUCAGGUCGAAAACCGAGUGCCAAAUUGAGCGUUUGAAUGCUCAAGAACCCACUCGAAGAUUCGAGUCUGAGGCUGGUGUGAUUGAGUUCUGGGAUGCUACUCAGGAGCAAUUCGAGUGUGCUGGAGUUCAAGCUGUUCGCCAUGAGAUUCGAAGAAAUGGGCUUUUGCUUCCUUAUUAUACCAACACUCCCCUGCUCAUGUACAUUAUCCAAGGAAGGGGUAUCCACUCGACUAUGAUACCGGGGUGUGCUGAGACAUUUGAAUCACAAUCGGGAGAAUCAAGAACUGGAGAAAGACGCCGGAGUUUCAACGAUAGGCAUCAGAAAUUGAGACGUUUCAGAGCUGGUGAUGUUCUUGCAUUGCCUGCGGGUGUGUCUUUCUGGAUCUAUAAUGAUGCUGAGGAACCUAUUGUCACUGUCUCACUUCUUGACACUUCCAACCAUGCUAAUCAACUUGAUCUCAGCUUCAGGAGCUUCUUCCUAGCUGGAAACCCACACCGUGGAGUACAACAACAAUUCGUAGGAAGACGAGAAGCAACCAUGCAAGCAAGGAGAUCAGAACAAGAGAGAUCCGGAGGCAACAUUUUCAACGGAUUCGACACUGAACUAUUAUCCGAAGCAUUCAACGUGAACGUCGAAACCAUAAGGAAACUUCAAGGACAGAACGAAGAGAGGGGCGUUAUCGUGAGAGCCGAAGAGCUCCGUUUAAAUCUACCAGAAGAAUCCGAAGAAGAAGAACGAAGAAAGCAACAAGGAGGAAGAUGGCCUGUUAAUGGGUUGGAAGAAACAUUGUGUACAAUGAAGUUGAGGCAGCACAUUGGUCAUCCUUCGAGAUCUGACGUGUACAAUCCACGUGGAGGACGCGUCACCACUCUCAACAGUAACACACUCCCUAUUCUUAACUGGCUUCAGCUCAGCGCUGAGAGAGGAACCCUCUUCCAGAAUGCUAUAGCUGCACCACACUGGAACACGAACGCACACUCAAUAAUCUACAUCAUCAGAGGAAGCGGCCGAAUUCAAGUAGUCGGAAACGCUGGAAGGUCAGUAUUCGACGACGAAGUUAGACAGAAUCAACUACUCAUCGUGCCUCAAAACUUCGCGAUAGUUAAGAGAGCAGGCAACGAAGGACUCGAGUACAUCGCUUUCAAGACUAACGACAAUGCCAUGACGAAUCAACUUGCUGGAAGAUUAUCAGCACUUAGAGCAAUGCCAGAAGAAGUGUUGAUGAAUUCUUAUCAGAUUUCUAGGCAAGAAGCAAGGAGCUUGAAGUAUAAUAGGGAGGAAUUGACUGUUUUUGCGCCAGGGUCUAGAUCUAGCAGGAGGGAAUAUGCUUAGAAAUUUAAGUGUAACGUAUUGUGGCAAAAAAAUUCACAACUAUGUUGAGUACCAUCUUCUGUUAUGCAAUGUUUCAAGUUAGCUAGGCUUGUAUGAUAGGACAAUAAAAAUGGCUGAGAGUCUGGCUUUAAGAACUUGUACUGCGGGCGUUCUUGUGUUUAAAUGGCGAGUUAAUAAUAAUGCACUUUCAGCUUUGUGGAUA